GGCUUGGAGAGGCCAGCCCCUUCAUUCAUGAACGAGUCUGAACUGUUUCUACGACAACAGGACAUAAACAGAUGGGGUAUCACUGUCCCGGCUGAAGCCAUUCAGUUGCCACUUACGACAGUGCCAAGUCCAGAACUGAUGGGCAAAUAAUCUCUCAUAUUGGAAGUGACCUUGACAUCUUUGACCAUGCCCACCAAAAUCAAGAAAUCAAGGUCCCAAAGUUCUCGGCCCGCCAAGAAGACUGGGAGUCCAAAAACACCCAAAAAGAAGUCCUCUAGUGCCAAAUCCACCAAAACAGAGGUGGACAUCCUCAGCCCAGCAGCCAUGGAGAAUGUCUACUACAUUUCCCACAAUGCAGUGGACUGUCUGGAGUUCAGAGGCUUUGGGUGGCCACAUUCAAACAAGAAGAAGAAAAAGAAGAAGGGAACAAAACGGAAGAAGAAAAAGUAAAUUAUACAAUUUAUUUUUGCCAAACCAAAGUGAAUUUUUCCUUUUUUCUGGUAAUGAGUUACAUUUAAAUGUUUUGUAAAUGGCGCCAUCUUGUGGACA